AUGCCGUAUCAAGAUGAAGCCGAAACAAGGCCUCCGUCCAUCGACUCAAUUGACGGAGGAUCAAAAACAUUACUUUCGAAAUGUUAUGACCAAUUUGUAGCGGGACACUCGAAAGUGCCCCUUAUUCGGCGAUUACCAGCAAAGGCAGUGGGCAUCAUAGCACUGAUAUCUCUGGUGAACAUCGUAGUGUGGGUUGCGGUAGGGGUGGUGUUGUCAUUUCAUGGAUCGCUCGUGUCUACUGCCUUGUUGGCAUAUACUCUUGGGCUACGCCACGCCUUAGAUGCAGAUCACAUCUCGGCAAUCGAUUUAAUGACGAGGCGGUUGAUCGCAGCGGGUCAGAAACCCGUGACGGUGGGCAUGUUCUUCUCUCUCGGCCACUCCACCAUUGUCAUACUCACCUCCAUCGCGGUUGCCGCUACGGCUUCCGCGGUCUCUGACAAGUUUGAUGACUUCUCAAGGAUAGGAGGGAUCAUCGGCACGUCGGUAUCGGCCGCGUUCUUGAUCCUUUUAGGGGUCGCAAAUUGCUUCAUUCUGUAUAAGCUGAUCAAGCAGUUGAAUGCCAUCAUCUACGAAGGUGAGGAUGAAGAGUUCCGACUGGUAGGUGGAGGAUGUCUGUUUCACCUGAUGAAGCGUCUCUUCAAGAUUGUCGACCGACCAUGGAAGAUGUAUCCCCUCGGGGUCCUCUUCGGGCUCGGAUUUGAUACUUCUUCUGAAGUUGCUCUUCUGGGCAUCUCUUCCAUAGAGGCGGUGAAAGGGACGUCAAUGUGGCUGAUCCUCGUCCUCCCACUAUUGUUCACUGCGGGCAUGUGUCUGCUUGACACCACGGAUGGGGCUCUCAUGAUGAGCCUGUACACGAUGACAUCCCUUGCUCGCGACAAGAUAGCGAUCUUGUAUUACAGCAUCGUGCUGACCGUCAUUACUGUGAUCGUCGCGGUCGUUAUCGGCGUCAUUCAACUGUUGUCGCUAUUAAGGAAUGCACUAGGUGAGCCGGAAGGCCACUUCUGGGAUGGCGUUGAGAGCGCAGGAGACCAUUAUGAUGUAAUAGGCGGCUCCAUCUGUGCGUCCUUCGUCGUAUUCGGCCUGCUUAGCAUGGUUGUCUAUGGGCCGUGGAGGAGACGAGUUGAUCGCAUUCGUGAUAGAAGGCAAACGGCGGUGCUGGAGACUGAUGCCGAGGAAGUCCAGGCCGAUGAUCCAAUUCUGUUUGUGGAGCCUACUUUGGAUGAGGAAGCAGCCGGGAGCCCAACAAAAGGGGCCGAAGUUACUGUCGCACCGAAGCGGUGA